AUGUCACCCACAAGUAAAAGUUCCGGAAAGAAUUUAGAAUCUGAAACAUCUUUGUGUGCUGUAUUACUUGCAGACAGUUUUAAUGAACGCUUUAGGCCCAUAACACUUGAGAAGCCCAGAUGUCUCUUACCCUUGUGCAAUACUCCCCUUAUAGAGUAUACUUUAGAAUUUCUUGCCGUAGCUGGCGUGCAAGAAGUUGUUUUAUUUUGUCGAGAACAUGUUGAUCAAAUAAAAGCUUACUUAAAUGCAUCAAAGUGGAAUCGAUCAUAUUCAGCAAUAAAAAUAACUACUAUUAUUACACCAGAGGCACGCUCAGUUGGGGAUGUAUUACGCGAAUUAGACGCGAAACAGUUAAUUAGUUCCGAUUUUAUACUUGUUACUGGUGAUGUGGUAUCAAAUAUCAACCUUGAGCAGGUGUUGGCAGCUCACAGAGAUCGAAAAUUGGUUGAUAAAAAUGCAAUCAUGACUAUGGUUGUCAAAGAAGCAAGUCUGCUUCAUCGAACAAGAACGAUUAGCGAUUCCUCGAUAUUUGUAUUAGACGGACAGACCAAUGAGUGUGUACACUACGAAGCUGUUGAAAUAUUUCCGCGAAAACGGCGUAUGGAAAUGGAUCUUGAAGUAUUCCAAAAACAUACCGAUGUUCAAAUAAGGAACGAUUUGAUCGAUUGUCAAAUUGAUAUCUGUUCUGUUGAGGUUCCUGCUCUAUUUACCGAGAAUUUUGAUUACCAAGAUAUUCGAAAAGAUUUUGUUUAUGGAAUCCUAACAUCAGAUCUACUAGGUAAGACAAUAUAUUGUCAUACAUUAAAAGACGCUUACGCCGCACGAGUAAAAAGUCUACAAAGCUAUGAUGCAAUCAGCAAAGAUAUGUUAUCACGUUGGACAUAUCCAAUUGUACCGGAUAGUAAUUUGCAAGAGAGAGAUAGCUAUGAAUAUAUGCGUGGACAAAUAUACAAGGAACAAGAUGUAGUGUUAUCAAGAUCUUGUGUUUUGGGUGUGAGAGUUUUGAUUGGAACUGGCACAGAGAUUGCUCAAAACUCUAAAAUAACGAAUACCGUGAUUGGACGACGGGUGAAGAUUGGACCCAAUGUUAUAAUCGACGGUGCUUACAUUUGGGAUGACGUGACAAUCAAGGCAAACUGUUCUGUCUCAAGAUCGAUAUUAGCCAAUGGUGUAGUUCUCGAAGAAAACGUUAUCAUCAAUAAAGGAUGUUUAUUGUCAUUCAAUGUCGUCGUUGGUCCUAAUAUCACCUUGGCGCCGUAUACGAAAUUGACUACCCGUUUGGCAUCAUUCCAAUGUGAUGAUGACGAAGAGGAAGAGGUGGGAAUUGUGGCAAAGGAUAAAUAUGAUCGUCAAGUAAUCGGAGCUCUGGGCAUCGGACAUCUUUGGAAAGACGAAAAUUUGGAGGAUGAUGACCAAGAUCCUAGAAAUCUACAAGUCUCUUCAUUAGCGUACGAUUUGUCAACUCUAAAAAUGUCCGAUAGUGAAUCAUCAGCUUCGGUUAUAAGUGAUGACACUGAAGAUGAGGGAAGUGAUGCAGAACAACAAAAACAAUUUAAAGAGGAAGAUGAAGAUUUCUCACGUGAAGUUGCACAAACACUUGAACGCGCUUUUGCAGAAGGUCACACCGUUGAAAAUACGAUAUUAGAACUAAAGGCGCUAAAGAUGGCGUCGAAUGCCACGUUUCAUGAUUUAAGAACUGUUGUGAUACCAAGUGUUUUGGCCCAAAUUGACAUACCAAAGUUUCUCUCUGCUAUUCAAAAAGAAUUUACCUCUCAUGUGGAAGAGGUUCUUACUCGAUGGUCACCUCUUAUUUCCGAAGUGAUUCAUUCGCCAUCUGAUCAACUUGACGCAUUAUAUAUACUUCAGGAGCAUUGUGCUGCACGACAAGAAUCACAUACACGAUUACUGCCACCUUCACUUCAUCUACUUUACAAAUUAGAUGUGGUGGAGGAAGACGCGAUCAUUCAUUGGUAUAAUUCGGAUCGUGCAAAAGGAGUAGGAGCAAGACAACAAGAAAACGUGGAGAUUGCCGUUCAACAAUUAAAAACAUUAAACCCAGCUUGA